AUGAGCAUAACCCUUACCUUUGUUUUACAGGACCAUUUAUAUUGGGCCAUUCUUUCUGAAUAUGUGCAAACUCACUUGAUUCAUGGUGAUCGACCGGUAGAGUUCUUUGUAGAAGGCACACGAAGUCGCGUGGGCAAAAGCCUUCAUCCCAAAUACGGUCUUCCUGCAAAUGGUUCUCGAGCCGUGGUAAUUCCGGUAACGACCAAUUAUGAUAAAUUAUUAGAAGAGAUGCUGUAUUCAUAUGAACUGCUGGGAUUUCCAAAACCGAAGGAGAGUACUUCAGGUCUUCUGAAAGCUCGCGAUUUUCUGAAUAAGCGAUUUGGGAGAUGUUUUAUGACAUUUGGCGAGCCAAUAUCUGUCCGUAACUACUUUGAAACAUCACUACAACGGUCCCACAUCCUUUCCAUGCCGGACUCGCAGUACGUCUUGUCCGAAGCGCAACGUGAACAAAUCAAAAAAUUUGCUCAUGUUGUCGUUCAAGAGCUCGAUCGGGGCGCAGUCAUCACCGUGUGGGCACUAGCCUGCGCUGUCAUAGCUCAGGUAUUUUUGUGGUCUCAUAUUAACUAUGCUUUGGAACACCAAGUUGCGUUCUUCAAGAGAAAUGAACCCAUUUGA